AUGAUCCCCAGUGAUAUUGGGGUGUCCCUCUCUUUCGAGGCAGGGCCCGACGGGGAGAUUCUGGGGGUGCUGGAUUUCUGGGUGAGGCUCUGGCCGCCCCUGGAGGGGGCAGAGGGGCCAAGGGACCCAGGGUACCUGUCCUACCACACGCUGGGCUGGCCGGACAGCGGGCCCCAGAUGAAGCUGGCGAGCGGCUCGUCUCAAACGCAGCCGGAGCGCAGGCAGACUCAGACACAGGAAGUGGCAGAGGUGGAGCAGGAAGUGGCAGACGUGGAGCAGGAAGUGGCAGAGGAAGCAGCCAUGGAAGAGGAAGCGGCACAGGAACAGGAAGUGGAGGCUGAGCACUCUGGGAGGAGUCAGGAAGCAGGAACUCAACUGGACAGUGACGUCACUACAGAGUCUGGCGAAUCACAGCCUUCCACUGACAGUGAUGUCAUCAUCAUCCCCCGCCCACUCAUGCCGGCCAAAAAGGCCGAGAAACUGCGAGUGGAGAUCCUGUCCCUCACCUUUGACCCCACCUCUCGUGUGGCGCUGGACCAAUCGGUGCAGCGCAUCUACGUGGAGUACCGCCUCCUGGGCGUCCCCAUGGAGACCACCGAGACUCCGAUGUCGCUACGGAAACCUGCCGCUGGAGAGGAGAUACACUACAACUUCACCAGAG